AACUGCCAAGGGGUCUCGUGACAUUUUAUGCACGGACAGAGUUAUGCACUAGCUCCCAGGAACCAAAAUAUUUCCGGGCGACGGUACAGCGCACUUAUCCGCGCACCUACGACGACAACUAGCCAUGAUACCGAGCAGAGGGAUACAAUGGUCCAGCCGGACCAUUGGCAUAGGUCGCCGGCGACUGGAAGAAAUCUCCAUUAGAUCCUUUUCCUCAUCGACCACCCGCAAUGCGCGGCUCCCCGCAGCGCCAUUCGGCGCAUUGUCGUCCAAGGCAGCAGCUGCGAGACCGCGAUUCGUGCAAUCUAGUUCGAUCCUGACGCAGCUCCCAUCGCGGCGCUUCAACUCCUCCAAGGCGGCCGCGACUACCGCAGCAACCACACCUGGAGCUCCCACCACCGACGCCCUGGCCGGAACGAGCAGUGCGCAUACUAGCACCUCCCUCGACGACGCAAUCGAUAUCAUCACCAGCGCGAAAGAUGCCCCGGAACAUAUCGGCUACCUCAAGUCGCUCGGGCUGGACUACGGGUAUGGACCCACCUCUUGUAUCGAGUGGUUGCUCGAGCACACACAUGUCUACUGCGGGACGCCGUGGUGGGCGUCCAUCGCCUUAACCGCCGUCUUCAUCCGUGUCGCCUUCAUGAAAUUCUACAUUGAUGCCGCGGACAAUGGUGCUCGCAUGGCGCGUUCCGCACCCCAGACGAAGCCGCUUCAUGCGAAGAUGCUAGAUCACCAGCGCAACAACGACCAAGCGGCGAUGAUGGCGGUGCGUCAAGAGAUAUCGGUUAUUCAUAAGCGUGCGGGCGUGAAGAUGUGGAAGUCGCUGUUGCCAAUGGUGCAGAUGUUCACUGGUUACGGAACGUUUGUGCUGCUGCGCGCGAUGGCCAAGUUGCCGGUUCCUGGGCUGGAGACGGGAGGCAUCCUGUGGUUCCAGAAUUUGACGCUGCCGGAUCCAUAUUUUGUUCUUCCUCUUGCGGCGGCGGGCGUGUUGCAUGCGGUGCUUAGGCAAGGAGGAGAAGCGGGAACGUCAACCAUGUCCCCCAACACCAUGAAGCUCCUCGCCUACGGUUUCCCCAUCCUCUCCGUCCUCUUCACCUUCUGGCUCCCCGCCGGCGUGCAACUCUCCUUCUUUGUCACGGGUCUCUGGUCCGCGGCGCAAGUAACCCUCUUCCGCUACCCCUCCGUCCGCUCGUUCCUCGGAAUGGCGCAGAUGCCCCCUCCAGUCAAGGAAGUGGAUCUCAAAGACGCAAGCCCCUACCGCGCCGACAUCAUCACGGUGCAGCAGAUGAAGCAGCGCCAGGAGGCGCCGACAACGAGAGGGAUCUUCGCCGCGCUGAACGAUACGGUCGAGGGCGCAAAGAAGUCGGCGAGGGAGGGCGUGAAGACUGCGAGGGAGGUGGCGGGGCAGCAGGAGGCGCCGGGGAAGAGGACCAAGGCGCAGUUGGCGAAGGCGAAGGAGUAUGAGAAGAAGAGGAGGGCGGAGGAGGCGGCGAAGGAGAGGCAGUUUAGGGAGUGGAGGAAGGCGCAGAAGGAGGCAGAGAGAGGGGAGUAGGGGGUGCCGCCGUGAUGGGUUGGUAACUGUGUGUGCGGGGGGGUCGGGGGUAGGAUUGUAUUAUAGAGGUGAUGUGUAUGUUGCAUUGCAUGGGGGGUGUUGUACUUGUAUUUAACUUCCAUUUCUGUUCGAUAUGGCGGUGUUGUGUACUUCUGGGAUAGUGGUUCAAUGUGUACGGCAUAGUCCUUGCUACAAUAUAAAUUUCAUAUCAAAAUCGUCUAUAUCAAAACAUCAGACUUCCCACAAUCUUCCGUCGGGUCCCAAUGCCAACUUUUCACGACAUAAAUACGCACACAACCAACCCUGCUGCUCCGCUUUCUACAAGGCCCCAAGCCAUUCCAGACAGCGACUUCGAUCCUGGCGUUGAGCACGCAUUGGUAAUGCGUGUUAAGAGCCUAAUGAAUACGCAGACAGCGCUGAUAUCGAGGCCUUUCUGGGACAAGUCAAGUCUGCUGCAGACCUAUUUAACGCAGCCUCUAGCCGCUCGGAGAUACAUCCGUGUGUUCGAUCGUCACGAGCCUUACUGGGGUGAUAUCAGGGCACUGGUGGUAAGUGCCGGUGGUGAGAAGUAGCGAAGGGAGAUAUUAGCAGUGAGAAUAUAGCGACAGCAGCAACACUUCCGGCCAUCUUCGGCCGUGGUGCAACGCGAAUGGAAACUGGGAAAAGGGGGGGGUUGCCAGUAGCUAAGUGAAAAUGAAGUCGGCGAAGUUGAAGUAAUAGUUGGAGAGAGGAGGCGAGACCUUAGCAGCCCGUUGCUACAGCCCAGACUAUAUACAUGUUUAGACCCCAGGAGGGAAGAUCGGGAUAAUGGAACCAGACCAGGGGACGGAUAAGCAUGAACUAUGUGGAAUCUUUUGACCCAUCAUCCACCCGACCGCCCUGUCAUCGCCAAGCACCACCCCAAUGAAGGAUCCCGUCCCGAGAAAAGGGGGGUGAGAAGCCCCUGACGAGAAGACUCCGUGGACGGUGACAAGAAUAGGUUGAUGGUGAGAACUCUGUGACAGAACUCUUGGCCAGCACCUCGCUCGCCGCACCCUGCCGACGGCAUGGACCACGCACCAAAACUGCCGGCCAGGCCGCACCGAACCACGCCUGCCCCGCCAUCACAGCAUCGACGCUCCCGCUCGGUAUAUCGUCGAGGCUCUCGGCCGACGCCUGGCAGAAAUCGAUGUUGCUGAACUCGGGGCUGUCGACGAUGGAGGAGCGUGCCUGCGCGAUCAUGGAGGGGGAGGGGUCGGUGGCGACGAUGUGCUUGAAAGUUGGGGAGAGGCGGCGCGCGAUCAGGCCGUGGCCGAGGGAGGUGGUUGGGCCAUGGUGGUAGCGGAGGAGGGUGUUGUAGAAGGUCUGGGAGUUGGUUGGGCGGAAGGAGGCAUAGGAAGAAGCUGAGAAGGAGAAUUUACUGGGAGCGGGGGGUUAAUACUGUGGACUGGGAUGGGAGAUGGGAUGAGGGUUGCGCAGGCGAAUGUAGCCAUCGUUGGUUGGUCGUUUCUUGUGUAACUUCGGCUAUGGACGCAAAGGAAGCGCGGAUUGAUGGGACAUCUGAGAGGUCCGUAAGCGCCACGAUUGGAAACAAUUCUCAAAAGCAAACUGGCCGAGUACAAGGUGAACAGUGCCGCAAUUAAAACCCCCAAUUUGAUAGUAUAUAUAUUAGGAUAAC